AUGGAAGGCUCUGCCCCUCCCAACGCGAGAGAGUCUAGGAGGUUGUCACUCUGGCACAUGACGAUAUCUUCUCAUACUUCUCCUAGCCCCGACAGUGCUGUUCAAGCAGGACGAGGUUCCGAGAAAGCGAUACCUGAUGCAACGCCUCUGAACUUGAGAGAUGUCCUCAAGGAUGGAUCGUCAAUUGGGGAUGCACCAGAAGAGGCACGUUCUUGGCUUGUUGGCUUUGGAGAUCUCAAGCCAGGCACAGAAGUCUCGCGCAGAUUUCUGGACCUGCGGGAGGACCGGAACGGCGAUCAAGGUGCUGCAACGUUACUAUCCUUGUUGAUCCAAUGGGCACCUCUGUGGUCGCACAAGGCAGAGAAGGCCCGAAGGGAGAACAAGAACUCGAAGUCCGGAUCGUCCAAAGAGCAGAAAAACCUUGAUUGGUUGCUUCAAUACAUCUGCGACUACCUGAAGUUGGGUCACUCGGAUUUUGAUCCUCUGGAGCUAUCCCGCGCUGUGGAUACCAUCACUGCUCUCUGCCUCAAUAGUAGCCGCCAAAGCGACAUCAAUGGAGGCAUCAGUAUCCUUUACACCAUAAUGUCCCGUUUUGAGUAUCCGAAAAGUGGCCUUCAUCAGACUCUUGUGGUUUUGUGUGCUUCUGCUGCAAACCUGCCAGAGGCCCCUGACCACCUGUUUGACUGCGCUCGGAUAUUGGCUGCUGGUGAUCUGCAACAAGACUUCAUCAGCACACUCUACGCCUUUGUGAGGACUCCCAGUCUGAGUAACAACGGCAAAAAUCUCGCAUAUGCCCGCGGAGCUACGCGACUCUUGCGGAACCUUAUCGACGAGCAAGACAACGGAGGUAUCUUCAUCCUCUCCUUGGGAGGCUUUUUAGAGGAAUUGCACUUUGCUGCGGAACAAGGCGUCUUCCGGUUUGGCCAUGAUAUCCUCAGCUCCUUGCAUGGAAUUCUUUCAAGCAAUCGCCCAAAGUCCGAAAUCGCUGGCAUUGACUUUACCAAGGUCGUGGACAUUAUCAUGCUCUGCCUGAAAAUGACGCCGUCAGGUCAACCGCAAGCAAAUGUCCUUCGGGUUACUUCGCCACGCAUCAACCCUCAAGAGGAGGACAAGGAUCGUCAAUACGAACGCCACUUUCGAGACCGAGAAGCCAUGGCCAAAACGCUGUCCCAUGACUUCAUGAAGUUAUGGGAUUUGCUGUCCCCCUCGGAUCGGGUGACUGUCCAUGAGCUCUUCCUGAUGUUUCCACAAUAUGCUAGUCAGGCUCAGUUGACCAUGACUCUGGAUUACGCCAGGGACAAAUAUUUGUCAUCUGAGGACUGUACCGUCAGAGCCCAAUACUCGGAUCGAAUCUACACUGAUAUCGUUCUGAAUCACUCCCUUCCCCCGGUCUGCCGUUUAAAGGGUAUCGAAGUCCUUGUCCAGGCUAACAACUCGGCUGUCAAUGCAUCUUCCGAACCCAGCACAGAGUCUCAUGAUGCAUACACAUGGAUUCUGGACAGGUUGCUCAGGCAAAUUGACGUUGAGCGCGAUACCCAAGUCUUCGAGACGCUACUCAAAUCACUGGACUACAUGGCUUCGAAUUAUAAGGAGGCUGCAAAGGAUCAGGCUGCUAUCAUCCGCACGAUAGAGAAACUACGCACACUGAUCAUGGAGGGUCCUGCAGGGGUUGCUUUCGACGAUGAUCUAGCAAUUUUGGCGACAAAGGUUCUUGUGACCAUUUUCUGUUACAGUAUUCACACCGAUGCUAGAGCAGCUGCCAAUGCCUUUGAGGUCCUGCUUGAAGCAGCCAGUUCGCGCUGCAAAUCCCGACCAGCUCGUCUCGUCUCGAAACGCCUCAUUUUUAGAGUGCGAGCUGAUGAUGCAGGUUUCAUUUACAUCAGCCCUGCAAGCGAAAGCCAACACAUUGCCAGUGCUCUUGUGCGCACGAGGGAAUCGGCCGAAGUAUUCAACUCCGACUUUCCUGCUUCACAAAGACAUUCGGCCAGCAGCAGCAGCCUAUCGACCAAAGCUGAUAUUGGUGACCCGUUGUGGAUGUACCCAGAUACUGAAAAUGUCUCUUAUCCCUUUGCAGGGCGAGUAUCCGGUGGUCUUAAUGUCGACAAAGACGCCUAUCCUCAGGUGCAAGCCGAACUUGAUAUGGAUACAUGGCUAAUGAGCAUCAUUCGAUGCCUGCAAGCUGAUCAAGAUUGGGAGACUUACGGCUACACCGUUGUCCACGUUGCGGCUCAAUUGAGCAACAUCGCCCUCUUCCUCAACUCGAUCCAAACCGUCAUCAAACUACGGCAAGUCUUGUGUGAACAGAUUGUCAACAACACUUUCCGAGAGCCACCAGCCUCGACUGGACUGAAGAGGUCGGACGUCGCCUUGUGUCUGUUCAACAUCUUAGUUCAGCUGAUCCCUUACGCUACAAUGAAAUCCGAGGCCAUUCAGAAAGGGUUUGGAGACGACCUGGUUCGAGCAUUUCUUUCUGGCAUUGGCGGAGCUUGGGAAGGCACAUCACGAGGUUGCAUUCAUGCACUGUCCCUCUGCAGCCUUGAAAUCCCUUCGUCAGUCGCAACGUUGUAUCCUACCAUGAUUGAUAAGAUGUCAAAGAAUAUGACACAGACUCAUCUCACCACACAUAUCCUAGAAUUCCUCAUCCAGGUCGCGCUCUUGCCAGAAAUGCACUCCAACCUCAACCCAGACGAGAUCCAAAUGAUCUUUGGGAUCUGCAUCCAAUUCCUGGAGAAGACGAGGGAGCAACAGUAUUCGUCAGUAACUUCACCUCCUGGCAGAAUGAACCCAGCGUCAAGGCACAGUGGAAUGAAUUUUCGUCGGCCACCAUAUCGAGCGAUUAUGUUGAGUGACAUUGGUUUACCUCAAUAUGCUGCAGCAUUGGCUUAUCAUAACAUGAUCUUUUGGUUCUUGUCCCUUAGGCUCGAUAUCAGGGCGAAGUAUGUACCAUGGAUUAUCCCGAGACUCGUGUGGAAGAAUGCACGUGGGGAAGAGACUAUCGACGAGCAGAGCCAGGUUCUGAUCGACAUGAUGCAGAGGACAGCAUUCUCCGACCUUGGAGAAACUUCACCAGACCACAACUUUGCAGGUCCGGAGGAUGGACCAGUGUCAUCCGCCUCGUGGAUGGUUGGUCUCAGUAUCGUGACGGCGCAGACGGCAGGUCAUACUGGGAAGACGCAGAUAACCAAGCGCCAGGCUUCGGGUACCACAUAUGCAAGGUAUCAACCACUGACCGCUCCAUUUCCUUCACACCAUCGACCGGGCCACACUGAAAUCCGACACCAAGAAGCCACAACUGAAAUUCUCCCUCCGCACAUCAUCCUCCAGAUGGUCGCCAGUGCGGCUACAACCACUGCAGCCGAUCAACCACUGCUCCUACCUCAGGAUGACCUUGUUCAACGGGCGCUUGAGAGCUUCGAUCGCAUUCCAACCGUUACUAGCCACAAGAUUGGGGUGCUUUACAUCGGGCCCGGGCAGACUGCUGAGUCUGAAUACCUUGCAAACACGAGUGGGAGUCCCGACUUUGACCGUCUGCUCGAUGGUCUGGGGUACGUGGUAUCACUUGAGCCGCCGCUCAACUUCAAUCCCCAAGGCCUAGAAUUCCCGCGAGACGGCACGCAUAGUAUAGCAUGGAGGGACCGAGUGGAAGAGAUUAUCUACCACAUUCCGGUUAUGAUGCCAACAGAUCUCGAAGACGAUCCCCAAUGUAUCACCAAGAAGUCGCACGUCGGCAACUGUCACGUCAACAUCGUCUUCAACCGAUCUGGAGUUGAAUGGGACUUCAACAACUUCAAGUCGCAGCUGAAUUAUGUGAACAUUGUGAUCCGACCUGCUUGCCGUGGCCGAGAAACCCCAGAUGCGGAUUUCAUGCCGGGUUUUUACUGGGUUUGCGUGGUUACAAGAGACGAUUUACCAAAUAUAUCACCAGCAGCCGAUCCCAAGAUCAUCUCUGCUGCGCAGCUUGGGCCUUUUGUGCGAACACUGGCGUUGAAUUCCAACAUGUUUUGCCAGACGUGGAACACCAAAGACGAUGACCUGGAGUUUCCCAGCGCUUGGAGAGCCAGGUUUCAACAGAUCAAAAGACUCAAAGAGCGCGUGAUGAGUAAAUCAGGUGACAAGCACUCGACGUCAGCUGCCCCAGCCGCCGCGAGCAGCACCGGCAUUGCGUCGGCCUCAUCAAAUGGUAGAAGGACCCCAGUACUACGGGAGAGGGACGGUGCUCUAGCUUCCCAGCUAGACUUCAGUUCGUGGACCAUCUAA